GUGAUUUUUUUUACUUAUAUUAUUAUAAUUUUUCUUUAGGUUUUUUUUAUUAGGGUUUGUGUCUUUCUAUCAGUCCCUAUAAAAUGUACGGUUGGUCAAUCUUUUAUAAUUUUGGCGAGGUCCACAAUUAAAAUUUAUAUAAAACCAGGUUCAAUUGAUAAUUAGUACAGAGUACAAGGGCUUUUUCCUUGAAUAUUACUAAUUUGAAGCUAAUUUCCAAAAAUGUGACCAUUUUUAUAAAAGGACAAAAAAGUGACUAAAACGGUCACAUAUUUGAAAAAACUUGAUGUCACUGCCAUUUUUAAUGUCACUGUCGGAUUUUUAUGUCACUACCAGAUUUUUAUGUCACUUUUGAAAUGUCACUACCGGUUUUCAUGUCACUUUCAGAUGUCACUGUAUCGUCGGAAAAAUUUUCCGCCGACUUUUCUCUAUCAAUUUUUUUGCCGGAAACCAUCACUCAUCUACCGCCUCGAAAUCACCGCCGCCACGUCACCCAUGUGAAACUGCCUAUGGCCCCUCACACAACUCCAGCCCCCUUCCCUUCACCCCAGCCCACUCCCCUUCACGGCUUCAUCCCCUACCCCUCCACUGCACCUCCAUCCCCUCCCCUAUCCCCCAGCCCCCUCCCUAGCCCCCUCCCUAGCCCCCAGCCCAGCCACUUGCCGCGUUAUCCACAAACUCCGGCCAUCGUCGACAACCAACUUCGACUGCCGCCGUAUCACAAACUCUGGCCGCCACCAUUUGCCUCACCUUUCUUACCACCGUCAAUGCCAGCCCCCAAAUCCCCUUCCCCAGACAAACACCCCUCCCCAGCUCUUCGGUCCUUUCCCUAGCUUCCCCUGCAAUUGCCCCAAAUCCCACCCCGAGCCCCAUGAGAAACGGCCGCACUCCCCAGUCUUCGCAACCCCAAAUCAAGCCCACUUGAUAACCCCCCUCACCUUACCAACCCGCCCCCUUUUCCGGCAGCCGCCUUAACCCUAGCUCGAGAUUUUGGAUAGAAGAACAAAGGGGAAGAGGAAGAUACACGACGACGACGUCGUUGGGGUCGCCUCACUCGCCGUCGCUGGAAGGAUUGCCAGGAGAUGAUGGCCACCGUUCAUAGCUGAGUGCGCUGGAAGCUUGACGGGAUGCAAUCGAUCAGUUGUCGUCCUUAUGCGACAGAGGAUGGUUUGCUGCGGUGCAACCGUAGAUCUUCUCUCUCAUCUCCGUUAAAGCUAUUUCAUCUCCCUAGAUGCGGAAGAGGAGAUUUCGACUAUUAGAAAGUGAUGUGGCUGGUGUUGGGGUGGGAGCAGGGCACGCUGGGGUGCGAAGGAGAAGGAGAUGCAGAAGAGGCGAGAUGUUUCGUUAGUCAAGGGGUCACUUUCUUGUCAAACAGAAAUUUAGUUAUAUUUUUAUCUACUAAAAGGAUUGGAGUAACAUUUGUGUCAUUAUUUUAGAGUAUAACGGUUUAUUAGUUAGAGCACGG